UUUUCACGAUUUUUAUUCCGACCACCAUCAACGAUGUAGUCUUUUUCCGUGUCCGUGACAACGACAGAAAUAAUUUUUGCAAAAUAAACCACAAAAAAGAAAACCUUCUACUAAACUAAACAAAUAAACCCCAAGAACUUCAUCAAACCUAAACGAAAAUUCGCAAAAACCUUAAUCUUUUAAACUCAAAAUAUUCGUAUUUCUACUUAAAAGUUUUAAAAUAAAAAGAAAAAAAAAACUUGCGAAACAGCUUUGUAAACAAAACCAAUUUUUGUCUGCCCCAAGAAAACGACGACGACAAAAUAAAAAGAAAAGAAAAUUUAAUUUUUUUCGUAUUUUCGCAAAGCUUGAAGUUCUGUUUCUGUGUUUUCUCUGAUUAUUCUUCCUUUUCAUCUCCAUUGUUAUAUUUUACACAAGAAAAAAUAAAGAAAAAUGUUUAUAAUUCGAUUGUUUGUAAAUCAUAAUCAGUGGAAGGGCAAUUAAAUUAAAAUAAAAUUGUUUAAUUGCUUCCGAACAUAAUUUUAAUUUGUUUUUUGUGGAAUUGGAAUUAACCAAGUUAAAAAAUAAUGAAAGAACUUUGUCGUUGCAAAAAAGGCAAAGCUUCAAACUAAAUUUCUAUGUAAAACUAAAUAAGCACUCACAAAAAUUAAAAAAAGAAAAUAUAAACUAGCUUUUGUAGAUGUUGAAUUAGUAGAAAUUUUUAGUGCUGGAUGCUUGCAUUCUAAUUGAUGAUUAACAAUAAAUAUACACGACUUGAUUUUGUGUUUCAAAUUCCGUCAGAUACAGAUUGCUCAAACAAUACUGAGACAAACAAAUAAAACAUGUUUCGAGUCAUUUUAUGACUUCACUUUUAUCUCAAAACUGAUGUCGAAGAUUCUUAAAUAUUAAAUCAUUUUAAGUAUCACUUAAAUAAAAACACAAAAGUAUAAAACAAAAAAUCAAAAACAUGGGUGCCAAUGUGUCACAACUAGAACGAGAAAUAGGGAGCGAAUUAUUCCCCCCGAACGAACGAUAUUUCGGCCUUGUUAACUUCGGCAACACAUGUUACAGUAAUUCGGUGUUGCAAGCCUUAUAUUUCUGUAAGCCAUUCAGAGAGAAAGUUCUGGAGUACAAGGCAAAGAAUAAACGCUCCAAGGAGACACUCCUCUCGUGCUUGGCCGAUUUGUUCUAUAAUGUUGCAACCCAAAAGAAAAAGGUCGGUUCAAUUGCCCCGAAGAAGUUCAUUGCCCGCUUGAGAAAGGAAAAAGAGGAGUUCGACAAUUAUAUGCAGCAAGAUGCCCACGAGUUUCUGAAUUUCCUAAUAAACCACAUAAACGAGAUCAUUCUGGCGGAACGCAAUACGGGCAAGGGAAAGAACGGAAACAACAAUGGAACAACAAAUGAAGGUCCCACCGAACCCACCUGGGUCCAUGAGAUUUUUCAAGGCAUUCUAACCAGUGAGACGCGUUGCCUGAACUGUGAGACAGUGAGCAGCAAAGACGAGAACUUCUUCGAUCUACAAGUCGAUGUGGACCAGAACACGAGCAUCACCCAUUGCCUGCGAUGCUUCAGCAAUACAGAAACGCUUUGCAGUGACAACAAAUUCAAAUGUGACAACUGCUGCAGCUACCAAGAGGCUCAGAAGAGAAUGCGCGUCAAGAAGCUGCCAAUGAUUCUUGCCUUGCACCUUAAACGUUUCAAGUACAUGGAACAGUUUAAUAGACACAUUAAAGUUUCACAUCGAGUGGUGUUCCCAUUGGAACUGCGUCUAUUCAACACAUCUGAUGACGCUGUGAAUCCUGACCGCCUGUACAACCUUAUGGCUGUUGUAAUCCAUUGUGGAUCUGGGCCAAAUCGUGGCCAUUACAUAAGCAUUGUCAAAAGUCAUGGCUUGUGGCUGCUGUUCGACGAUGAUAUGGUCGAUAAGAUCGAAGCUUCAACAAUUGAAGAUUUCUACGGACUUACCUCAGACAUUCAGAAGUCCUCCGAGACGGGAUAUAUUCUCUUCUAUCAGUCAAGAGAUUGUGCGUCAUAAAACCAUUUUAUAGGUUUAUUGUUUAUGAUUUGUAGUUUUGAGUUAAUUUUCUUUUGUUUAUAAUUUGUUUGAUUUGUUUAAAUUUAAAAGUUUGUUCUCUUGGAGAAGAAAAAAAAAGUAAUUUCAAAGUAAACUGGAGGGUUUACCUUAUUUAUGCAGCUCAUUUAUAAUUUUCAAAAUAAAGUAAAUAAUACUAUUUGAUGUAAUGUUGUUAUAAAUAUUAAAUAUUAUUAUUGAUUGACU